AUGGGGCAAGAAGACCAAGCCAUGAAGCGCGUAGCGGCCUUUGCAGGGUACCAAGUGACCAAAACGAUGCUCAAGCACGCGGCGUCCAACCACAUCUUCCUGCACUGCCUGCCCCGCCAUGCCGAGGAAGUCGACGACGAAGUGUUUUACUCGGACCGAUCGCUGGUGUUUGAUGAAGCGGAGAAUCGCAUGUGGACCGUCAUGGCAGUCCUGGCCAACAUCGUCAAGUAG